CUCCACACAGCCACGCAUUCUGUCAAAGGAAAAUUCAGCUGUAGCUCAAAGUGUUUCCCUUGAAAUGCUCGAGAUUAAUUUGUCUUUUUUACUCCGUUUUUCAUUGUUUUCAUAUUUAUUAUUCCUUUGGAACCUCAUAAUGCCUUGCAAGAUCUGCCAUCAAGACAUCUGAGAAAGUAUGUGAAGUGAUGAAGAAGAGCAGAAGUUCUUCCACAGAGAUGAAGCACCUGCCUACAAUUCAUUUGACCAAAGGCAUUCAGACUAUGCAUUAUACCAUGAUGACAACAUUGCUGUAGUCAUCUAGUUUUUUUUUUGUUGUUUUUUGUGGGGGGUUUUAUGCAUCUCGUAAACUUGAAUCCAAUAUUCUGGAAAUAAUGUCUAAUGGAGUGAGAGGAUUCACAGCAUACAUGGUAAACUUGUUGGAGAUAUAAUGAGUGAGACGAGUGUGUGCUAUGCUCAUUACAAAUGCUAAACUACUCUCUGCUGGGAGGCAAACAGUCUGUGGGAUUUAAACAAGUUGUUCUGUAGACAUGACCACUGUGUCAGUAGAAUCCCUGGUGGUGAUGGUGGAUAAAGUGCCUAAUGGAACUGAGACUCCAGUGGUAUCAUCUGCUGAAAAUGUGGCUGCAACCUUCACUAUCGGCACCAUCCUGUCCGUCAUGUGCCUUGUCGGUGUGUCAGGAAAUAUCUACACCCUGGUGGUCAUGUGCCACUCAAUGCGCUCUGCUGCGUCAAUGUAUAUAUACAUUGUCAACUUGGCAAUGGCUGAUCUCCUCUACCUGCUCACUAUUCCCUUUGUGGUGUGCACCCACUUUUUAAAGGGUUGGUACUUUGGUGAUGUGGGAUGCCGGACUCUCAUUAGUAUGGACUUCCUCACCAUGCAUGCAAGCAUUUUCACACUCACUGUCAUGAGCACAGAGCGCUAUUUUGCUGUUCUUAAGCCUCUGGAUACAGUCAAACGCUCUAAGAGUUAUCGUAAGGCUAUUGCUAUUCUGGUCUGGACAGCUUCACUGAUUUUAACCCUUCCCAUGAUCAUUGAUGUAGAGCUCAAGACAGAAAAUUCCAAAUCAAUGUGUCAGACCACACUAAGUCCUCUUUCUUACAAGAUCUAUAUCACCUCCCUUUUCUGCACCAGCAUUGUGGCACCAGGUGUCAUAAUUGGCUAUCUCUACAUCUGCCUGGCCCGCACUUACUGGAUCUCACAAACAGAGAACUUUAAGCAGACUCAGAAGCUCCCAAACCACAAAGUACUAUAUCUUAUUUUUACAAUUGUGCUUCUCUUUUGGGCCUGCUUUCUUCCCUUCUGGAUCUGGCAGCUACUGGGCCAGUUCAAGCCAGAAAUGGUUCUUUCAACCAAGGCCAGGAGCAAUAUCAACUAUCUGACCACCUGCCUGACCUACAGUAACAGCUGCAUCAAUCCUUUCCUGUACACACUUUUGACCAAGAACUACAAGGAGUAUCUUCGUAAGAGGCAAAGAACUUGGGCAUCUGGGAGCUAUUUCAACAGGAGAAACCGCUUCCAACGGUCCCCUCACCGCUCCCUGUCAUCCAGCAGCCAGCAGUGUACAGAGAGUUUUGUGCUCACACACGUACCACGUACCAACAACAGCAGUCUGUGAGGGAGAGAGGAAGUGCCAGGAGAAAGCCAAGAGGAUAUGCAUCUUCCUUCUUGAUAAGCAGGAAGCAAAGAAGAGGAGCAAAACAGUCAAGAGGAGGAGCAGAAGUUACUGCCUAAACCAAUUUUAUCCCAUUCCAUAUAUUUCAGUAUAAAACCUGAUAAUUAGUCAUGGUUGCCUACCAAAUUCUGAUUUGGUAGGGAGUUUUAACAUGUCUUUCUUCAAGUAAUUUAUUUUCAUGCUUUGUUUCCUUCAAAAUAAUUUUGUGUUUGUAGAUUCAGCAGUGCCAGGCACGGUGGUGCACUGUUUAGCACUGUCACCUUACAGCAAGCAGGUUCUGGGUUAAAACAUGCCAGUUGACUGGGGCCUUUUUGUGUGGAGUUUGCAAGUUCUCCUUGUGUCUGCAUGGGUUCCCUCCAGGUGCUCUGGUUUCCUCCCACAGUCCAAAGACAUAUGGAUUAGGUCAACUGGCUAUGCUAAAUUGUCCAUAGGUGUGAAUGUGUGUGUUUAUGACUGUCUGACGGCAGCACGGUGGUGUAGUGCUUAGCACUGUCGCCUUACAGAAGGUCCUGGGUUCGAGCCCAGCGGCCGACGAGGGCCUUUCUGUGUGGAGUUUGCAUGUUCUCCCUGUGUCUGCGUGGGUUUCCUCCAGGUGUUCUGGUUUCCCGCACAGUCCAAAGACAUGCAGGUUAGGCUAAUUGGUGGCUCUAAAUUGACCGUAGGUGUGAAUGUGAGUAUGAAUGGUUGUCUGUGUCUAUGUGUCAGCCCUGCGAUGACCUGGCAACUUGUUCAGGAUGUACCCCGCCUCUCGCCCAUAGUUAGCUGGGAUAGGCUCCAGCUUGCCUGCGACCCUGUAGGACAGAUGAUGGAUGGAUGGAUGACUGUCUGACACUCUGUGUGCCAUGUGAUUGAUUGGCCACCUGUCCAAUGUGUACCCUACCUCUUGCUCAAUUUCAGCUGGGAUUGGUUCCAGCUCAAUGGAUAAGCGGCAUAGAGUCAAGUCAAGUUUAUUUGUAUAGCGUGUUUAACAAUAAACAUUGUCGCAAAGCAGCUUUACAAAAUUUGAAUGACUUAAAACAUGAGCUAAAUUUAUCCCUAAUUUAUCCCCAAUGAGCAAGCCUGUGGUGACAGUGGCAAGGAAAACUCCCUCAGACGACAUGAGGAAGAAACCUCGAGAGGAACCAGACUCAAAAGGGAACCCAUCCUCAUUUGGGCAACAACAGACAACAUGACUAUAACAUUAACCGUUUUAACAUGAAGUCAGUUUCAUUGAUGUUAUAACUCUUCAUUGAUGGAAACUUGAGUGCAAAACUGUUCAUGACAACUGCAGUCCUAAAGUUAGCAAGUCAACCAUAGUCCUCAGCCAUAAAAGCAUUACUGUAAAUGUCCAGAGCGUCCUCCAGGUGUGAAUUUCAACUGUCCACAUGGGGCCGUCCUCCACAGGAGCGAUACGAUGAGACUCCAACCAGACACAGGGCACCAGGAUGGGUCAGGCAGGUACGAGGAGCAGAAGAGGUCAGCAUCUCGAUCCCAGGAUUGACAUGUAACUCAGAGGGACAGAUUUUUUUGGGGGGGGAGAGAGAGAGAGAAAACACAGGUUGUUAGGUAUGCCCAAUGUCACCUGAAUAAGUAGGUACAGUAUACAUUUUGCGCUGAGUACAAGCAGGGACUCCGGCCACUAACUAUGACAGCAUAACUAAAAGGGGAGAGCCAGAAGGUAACAGGCAUGAAGGAGCCCCGGGACAUAAAGCAGCCAGCCACUACACCGUCAACAAACUUGAGUGAGCAAGCAAGUGGGGGAUUGACAGCAUCCAUACAUCCCAGUUUACCAAAACCCUCUAUGUCUGAGGACCCUCCAGAUCUACACCUUUACCUCAUAAACACCAUUAACACAAGGCUUGACUAAACAGAUAUGUUUUCAGCCUAGACUUAAACGCUGAGACUGUGUCUGAUUCCUGAACAUUACUUGGAAGGCUGUUCCAUAACUGUGGGGCUUUGUAAGAAAAGGCUCUGCCCCCUGAUGUAGCAUUCACUAUACAAAGUACCAGCAGAUAGCCUGCACCUUUUGAUCUAAGUAGGCGUGGCAGGUCAUAGAGGACCAGAAGUUCACUCAGGUACUGUGGUGCGAGACCAUUCAGUGCUUUAAAGGUCAAUAGUAGUAUUUUAUAAUCAAUACAAAAUUUGAUUGGGAGCCAGUGCAGUGUGGAUAAGACAGGGGUGAU